CAGAAUCGGAAUCUUGCCUUUUCUCUUUCUCUCUCUCUCUCAUUCUCUUUCAACAUGGACUUUGAAAAGCAUGAAAAAGGAAGCUUAUUAAAUGAGAAUUUAGAGGAGAAACUGACGGUCUCUUCUGGUGAUUCUGAAGCUAAACCUCUGAUCUUCACAUUUGUCCCCACUGUCAGAAGACUGCCAACCCACUCCCAGUUGGGUGACACCUCUAAAUACAUUGUUAAAAUUCCUGAGGAACCAAGUGAUAAGACUCCAGAAACUGUAAAUAGGUUUGAUUCCCAUGAGUACUUGACCUUGAAUGUUGGGAGCCAACAAGAGAGAGGACGGGGAACGCUGACCUGCUCUUCAGAGGUCAAGGAAAAGGCUUCCCAAGGAAGGGAAUUUAAAGAGAAGAAACCUCAAGGAAUGCAGCAAAGUGACCUCUUCAAAGCGGAAUAUGUCUUUAUUGUGGACUCUGAGGGGGAGGAGGAAGCCCCGGGCAGAAAAGGUGACCAGGGACCCCCGGUGGGGACAGGCCCCCCGGCUGCUCGGCCCGCGUCUCUCGCCAUCUCCUCCAGUCUGACCUCCAAUGUGGUGCGUCCCAAAACUCGAGGGGCGGACCUCCAGGCCCCGUUGCAUCCUGAACGGCCUCAGGCGAUGGCUCCUCAGCAAAGACAUGGGCAGUUAACUUCUCCCACUGCCUCUGAGCAGCUUGCCUGUAAACCACCUGCUUUCUCCUUUGUUUCUCCAACUAAUCAGAAAACACCACCUGCCCCAGGCGACCUCGCCGGCGCCUCUGUCCUGGAGGAGUUCCACUCGAGGAGGCUGGAUGCCCGUGGGGCCCUGGUGGAAGAAACAACCACGUACUUUCAAACUUCCGCUCACUCUGCACCCUUUUUUGCACCGAAGGGCACGUCCUCGACGUCGCAGGUCCCCCAGCCCGCUCAGGUGUCAGGUCCAAGCACAGCACAGCAGAACCCGGGGCAGCCUCCCGAAGUCCUCAAGAAGACGGUCACCUCGAACGUCCUUAGUCCCAAAGAGAGUCCGAGAGCCUCUUCUCCUUCACCAGCCUCCGGUGCUUCUCUGAAGUCGGGUGCAGCCUCCUACAUCCCAGUCCGCAUCGUCACGCACUCGCUCUCGCCGAGUCCCAAAGCUUUCCCCUCCCCUUUCCACGGCUCUUCCUCCACGGUCUGUAGCCAAGCGUCCUCCGGCGGGAGCCUCUCAAGGCCAGGGGUGAAACCCCUGGUGCCCUCCAGGCUUUCCGUUCUCACUGCCAUCCUCAAGUCCAACCCUUCUCACCAAAGGCCCCUCUCCCCGGCCUCCUGUCCCACCUUCUCUCUCAACUCCCUGGCAUCCUCCACGCUCACGCUUGAUCAAAAAGCCAAACAAACCCCACCCACACCUAAGAAAUCCCUCUCAAGUUGCUCCCUGCGAUCGGGGUCUCCAGAGCAAAGGGAAAACCCGGUUUCCCACCUCAGCCAGCCAUCCUUCCCCUUUUCUUCUCCCACCAAAGCUGCUCCCUCUCCCCAGGCAUCGGCCCUCUCUCCCCCAAAACAGGGCAGUAGCAGCUUCGCUUCUGUGAUUGUAGAGAAAAUGCCAUCCCCGACUCUGAAGAGCAGCCCAGUGACUUCCCAGCUGCAAACCGGUACCUCCAGCUCUGUGGGUCUGCCUCCCGUCCCUCCAAGCUUUUCUCCUCUGCCUUCCAAAGGCAGACAGGAUGCUGACCCCAGAGGCCCGGGAAAGCCCAGGGAUAUCUGCUCGCAUGCUUCUCCAUCACCUUCCUCCACAUCGUCUUCUGUGUCUCCUCCCACUAACCCAAGGGCCAGGCUCUCCUCACCAGAGAGACUCUACCAUCCGUCCCCAGCUCUUUCAAAUCUGAUAAACCGAUCCAGGAGUGCACAAGCGCCGGCCCCUGGCCAAGGGCAGACUCCGUCUACUCCACGCCCAGCCCCUGUCUCCAGCUCCAGCUCUGCCUCUCUUCCCCGUCUAGGGCCCUCUGCCCUCCCCCUGGCUAAUCCUCCCACAAAAGCACGCCAGCUCAGCCCCUCCGCGCUGCACCCAGAUCUUACCCUGCCUUCAAGACUUGGGAAACCCGAAAGCUCUGUAUCUGAGCACAGGUCAUCUGUCUCAGCCCCGACACCUCCCUUCUCUCUAACAAGAACCCAGGAGCUGAGUGCACCUUGUACCUUGUCCAUGUCAGCAGGCCCUGAGAAUAAGAAACCCAAGCAAUACAAGACCAAGUCCAGCUACAAGGCUUUUGCAGCAAUCCCAACAAACACAUUGCUUUUGGAACAGAAGGCACUAGACGAACCAGUCAAGACGGACAGCAUUUCCAAGGACACCUUAGACCUACCUCUGGAGUUGUGUUCCCCUGCACAGCUCAGGCAGCAAACUGAGGAGCUCUAUGCUACCAUUGAUAAGGUCUUACAGGACUCCUUGUCUAUGCAUUCUUCUGAUUCUCCUUCAAGUUCCCUACAGACUUUGUUGGGUUCUGACACAAUCAAAAUGCCUACAACUCUUCCAAGAGCAGCUGGUCGAGAAACCAAAUACGCAAACCUGUCCUCACCAUCUUCUACAGUAUCAGAGAGUCAGCUGACAAAGCCUGGAGUAAUUCGCCCCGUACCGGUGAAAUCCAAAAUAUUACUGAAAAAAGAGGAGGAAGUCUAUGAACCCAACCCUUUCAGUAAAUACCUGGAGGAUAACAGUGACUUCUUUUCUGAGCAGCUGAGUCAUCCAAUGAUGGCUAUUCCGGAACACGAAACCCUUGAUUCCAAAGAGCAAUGAAGAUGGAGCAGAUGUGAACACUCAGGCUGGGCUGAAGUUUUUGGAACGCUGGUGCUAAUCACUUGCUAGAUUUAACUUUUAUCACUCUUUUUUCAGUCUUAGUGUUUUCCUUAUGAACUGCACUGGAACUAAGAAAGUUCCCUGCCGGCAUAUAACAUGGCAGUGAUCACUAACACCCCGCUUAGAAGAGAUUUGCCUACAGUUUCUCCCGCCACUAUUAGAGCCUUGAAUGCCUUCUAUUAAGCUGACAGCAAUACUAACAUGCCCCUCUGUUUAGCAGGCAAAUAAAAAAGAAACAUGGGGAAAUAGAAGGAUGGGUGUGAUGAUUUUUCAACACCAGUUUUAUUUUAUGCAUACGUUACUAUCUGAAUCAGGUUGUAUUUCCCUACUGCUUAAUUAUUUUUACACAUUAAAAAAACCGUAACUUUCUGAAAAGGAGUCCCUGCCUGCUUUCAGGGGUUCAUUGGGAAACUCUUGAAGGUAUGAAAGCUGUAUUUACACAAAACACAUGCUGUUUUCCUGUCCUGUUUGGGUUCUGUGCUUCCUGGGACAUGCAGACAGUCAAGUUUAGGUCAUGUUGCUGAACUGUUUCCUACAUCACUGUUUCUCUGACUGUCACCACGUGAUUCUUGCAAAGGCUGCUUCAGAGUUAGUUUGUACCCAUCAUCUUGGGAGCAGCCAAGACCGGAGAGCAAACCGCCCUGUUGCAGACUGUCCCAGGUGCCCCCCACUCUAGCAUACCCAGUGCCCGCUGUAUUGGCUGUGUUACCUUUCUUUCCUAGCUGCCACCCCCAGCAUCCAGUUCUCACCUUCUCUAAGUGGUUCUCUUUGUCUUGUCUGUCCAGUUGGGGCAAUACACCAAGGGAGAAUCCACCAUGGUUCUGGACGUCAAGCCCCUGGUGGCAGAGGACUUGGUAGACACUAUGUACCCUUGUGCACAACUCACAUUCUCCUUGGAGCCAGCUCUAUCUGAGCCACCAUGCCUUCAGACCAUUGCUCCAUCACCCUCAUCAUCCUGCCCAGGGCAAAGCAAGGAGGGUUGCCCACAGAACA